AUGUCCCCAUUUGUUGGAUUAGUUCCUAUCUUGGCCAUAGUGACCAUACAACUUCUUCCACGCAGCGUUUCGUCCCUGAACCUCACCAAUGAGUAUCUACACCACGAAUGCAUCAACAGUCAAGGGAAAUACAAGAAGGGAAGUCCAUUCGAAGAUAACCUCAACCGUGUAAUCCGAUCAGUCUCUACUACUAGUAAUUUUCGCGACGGUUUCGACGACACGGCCUUUGGCGACGGUCCCAAUAAAGUCUACGCCCGACUCCAAUGCCGGGCCGACUCCUAUUGGUCCAAGUGCCGCACUUGCCUUGCCACUGCCAUCGCUGGGCUUCGUAGGAGAUGUCCAAGAAACAAGGGAGCAAUAAUAUGGUAUGACCAAUGUCUUUUGAGGAUAUCUACGAUCCGUGUCUCCGGGAAGAUCGAUUACGAGAAUAAAUUCUAUUUGUCCAACCCGAACAAGGUGAAUGGAAAUCCAGUGUCGUUUAAUAAAGAGACGUCAGCUUUCCUUGAGAACCUGGCCUAUAAAGCCACUGAUACAAAAAACGUAGAUGGCAUCGCGCUGGUGCUGUACGCGUCUGGAGAGAAGACGAUUGGGACGACUAAUCUGUAUGCAAUGGUCCAGUGUACGAAAGACUUAGUAUUCAACAGUUGCCUUGAAUGUUUGAAAUGGAUUUUGGAAGAGUUUCCAACGUGUUGUGAUGGUAAAGUAGGAGGUAGAGUUUUGAGUACGAGCUGUAACUUUAGGUAUGAGCUUUACCCUUUUCUUAGAACAUGA